AUGGCUCGACCUUCGGAGCCUAUGCAACUAGCUAGCACCGGUCAGCCGAAUAUAUCGGAUCGUCUACAACCAUUCCUCAUUCUGAUCGCUUCAACAACACUUGUGUUCACUGGCUGCGGCAUAAAUUUCACCUUUGGAGUGUUCCAAGAACUAUAUGAAUCCAUGUCAAAGCUUCCAAAUACACCCUUCACAGGGGCCACGCCUGCACAGAUCGAUCUCAUCGGCACCCUCUCCAUCGCUCUCAUGACGAUUGGGGCUCCGUUCACCACGGCCUGGACGAAACAAUAUUCUCCAAGGGCGGUAAUUUGGAGUGGUGGACUCAUUUACUCUCUUUCUUUAGUUCUUGCCAGCUUCAGUCAAGCUCUUUGGCAAUUCAUUUUGACCCAAGGCCUUCUCCUUGGAAUCGGGACAUGCAUGGCUUACAUGCCUUCAGUGACAGUAGCUCCUACCUGGUUCUCACGUCAUCGUGGACUUGCUAUGGGAAUCAUUCUAUCCGGAACUGGAGUGGGUGGUGUGGUCUGGCCACUUGCAUUCCGGUCUCUCAUUGAGCGCGUGGGCUUUCGCAACUGCCUUCGCAUCACCUCUGGGAUCUGCUUGGUGCUUAUUCUAGGGUCGGGGAGCUUCAUGAAGUGGCAUGCUAGCCAAAUGAUCCAAAUUCAGGCAGAAAAUACCGCAAGGACGCACAAGAUGAGUAUCCUGCGGAUUCCUUUGGUAGACUGGCGCGUUGCACGAACCCGAAAAUUUGCGGCUCAUGCGUUGGGGGCUGCGCUACAAUCGGCGGCCUACUAUACUCCAGUUUUUUUCUUUGCCUCGUAUGCCCGUACUUUGGGAUAUUCCCAGGCAACGUCGGCGAAUUUUAUAGCCAUUUCAAAUGCUGCAAAUGCGCUAGGUAAGAUUGCAAUCGGAUAUGUCGCAGAUCGGAUGGGCCGACUCAACACAUUGUUUUUGACGACCUUGAUUUCGGCAAUCGCCGUUCUGGCCUUCUGGCUGCCAUCGGCAUUAUCGACCGGCCAGACCAGUGGUAGCAACCUCUUCAUUGUAUUCACAAUUUUCUAUGGCGUUUUUGCAUCAGCCUAUGUGUCCCUAUUCCCAACUAGCUUGGUGGAAUUAUUUGGUGUCCACAACUUUGCCAGCGUGAAUGGGGUGCUGUACAUGGUUCGAGGGCUUGCGACUUUGCUUGGCACUCCAAUUGCCGGCUUAUUGAUCAGGAGUAGUCAACACAAGAAUGCUAGUCCCAAGAGCUAUGAAAAUACUAGUAUUAUGGUCGGGGCGUUGCUGGUUGCAGCCACUUUUGCAGUCCUCUGGGCUAGGAUUGAAGCAACCAUUACAUUGGACGGUGGACAAGGACCCCGACGAAAGUGGAUGAUGUAG